AUGGCCCGACGUCUUCUUCUUUUGUUGUUCUCCGCCCAAUUAAGGUAAUUUCUUGUUUACUCUUAUUGACUUCGACUUACUUCCAAUAUUUACUUCGAAAUUCGUCUCGAAUCGAGGCAAUCUUUUCGAAAUUAAAAAACACAAAAAUAUGUUUGAAAUUAGCAUUAUUUCGAAAGUAAUUAGCUUAAUUAUCAAGAAACUUGAAGUUAUUUGGAUGAUAUACAUUGAAACCUUAGUUUUACAUUAUAAAUUGGUCUAAAAGUUUGUAGAAUUGUUCAUUCAUUCAAAUUUAAGACCAAUUUUUAAUCUUUCUACCUACUUUUUUGACCAUAUUAUUAUAGUAUGCUGGUUGGAUAGGUAAUACCUUCUAUACAAUAACCAUCAUUAAGAUUUUUUAAACUUUCAAACCCUCCAUCUACUAUAAUAUAAUCCAAAAAGUUGUCUUUAGCUACUCAGAAUUAGUACUAUACAUACUCACACUCGGUAUUGUAAAAGCUGUCUGUUUUGUCGUAUCUUCGUUCCUGCCCAAAAGAUUCUGACUCUGUAUCUUGUACUUUAACCGCUGAUAUAUCGUCUAUAUAUUGUGGAAGUAUAAUUAAUACAACUGUCUAUCUUCGUCGGCUCAGACAUUAAUUUACAUAAAAACAUACCAUGGCAGAUAUACGUAUACUUGUAUAUUUUUCUUGAGAUAUACGUAUAUUUAUAUACGUAUGUUUGUGCAUGGGCCUACACAUAUUACGCUACAUACAUGUAUGUGAUAAUGAAGAUAUGUCUAAUUUAAUACGUGCAUAUUUGCAUAUUUUGCAAUGUGUGUUAACAUAUAAAGUAAAUAAUGCAUAUAGAAACGUGUAAAUAUAAACAAGCAUAUACGUAUAUAGACGUCUGUUUUCUUGCUUUACAUUAUAUGUAUACAUAGUGUAUAAAUAUCUUGUUAUCACGACCGUAUGGACAUAAACAAACAACAAGAUGUAACAGCAUCAUUAAGUUUGGUAUCUAUGUUGUAGUAGACUAAAAAAUGAGUUACAAAUGUGUUCUGUAUACUUUAGUAUCAUAUACAAAGUCAGCAGAAGCAGUAAAAAUGUUACAUUAACUCAUCUAUACCAUAUAAACUCUUGUAGUACCUCACAACUGUCGAGUCCAUGUUCGUAUCCCCACUACAUCAACAAAGCGGAAUGUGCCUUGCAAGAAGAUACGACCCUACUACAAGGAUGGGCAUGCGAUCCGGAGAACACCAUCAGUAUGGCUGAAUGUAAGACAUAUGUAACGUAUAUAGUACCAGUAUCAUUCAUGUAGAAGUAAUGUGCAUAUUUAUAUGCACGUAGUAUGAUUUAUAUACUUGUUUAUACAUUUAGUCUUAACUAUGUUGUUACUUUGUGUUCUACUACUUUAAUUGAUUGCAACGUCAUUUUAGUACACAUACUAAACGAAUAUAUCAAAGAUAUAUAUCGAACCAAUGCCAAUACAUGUCAAUGUCCAAAGGUGAGUACUACGUGAUUGUACAAACAUAUAUUACAUUAAUAAAAGUGUGAUAUACUACUAAAUAAUGAUAUAUUGUAGUAGUACAUUAUAUGUUACAGUCGGAAUCUCCUCAUUGCGGGUACAAAUUUGGGUUCGCAUUUGUGAAGAACAUAUCGCAAGAUGUAUAUCCUGCUCUCGAACAUGUCACCAAGAGCUUCUGCCCACACAAACUACCGCUAUCGCCGCGGAAGAGAAACUUUACGUUACCGUAAGUUAUUUUACUGUAUCACUACUAUGUAUCCUAGUCUUAACACUGCUCUUACCCUACCCUACUGUAGCUUACUAUAAUUAAUGUUAAGAUCAAGUAAAGUUGUAUAUGAAAUCUUAACCAGCAUUAAAAGUGCAAAUAUACCUUACUUCAUCGAUACCAUUAGUAUCACGUGUAGCUAAAGUAAUCUGAGAAUAUGCAAAUUACUUUCAGAAAGGAAGUCCUCAAUUACAUGCAGAACUACGCUCGCAUCGUGAGAGAACGUUGGAAUCUGGGCACAUGUGGAGAAGACAUCCUGAUUCUGAUAGUUAACGACCCUCCCGAGCAGCUGAUACCACACUCGUUCAACACUCAACGACACAUGCAUCCUGUAGGUUUUAAAGUAUAUUGAUAUAUAGAUAAUGUAAAGGAAGGGAAUUGCAAAAGAUAACAAAAAAAUUAUAAAAAGAUGAAAAUUAUUACCUAAAAUUACAAUAUGCUAUCUAACAUUAUGGAAAAUAAUCAAAAACUACUAUCACACUUACAAAAUGCCAUAUUUCAGCUAAUGGUCGUAUCCUACGGUAAACUGAUCACGGAGAAGUUCGGUGAAUCCCUGGACGAUCACCUCAGUAUGGACUCGUUGUUCAGAAUCGUGGACGAAGAGAACAUGAACCUCCAGAACGGGUACCCCCUAAUCAAAGUCCUGAACAACGUGGUUCGACGGUCUACAGAAGCCUUCAAUCUGGCCGACUACAAACUUCAGAUCCCCCACUCCAAACACCACAUCCCCUUGUGGGCAUGGAUAAUAUUCGCGUCGUGUGGAGUGUUAUUCAUCUUGAUGGCCGUUGGACUGUGCUUGGUGAAGUCGACGUCGAGAAGAGGCACGCUACGGAGUAAGAGCCACGCCAUGGAUCCAGCACGACGUUGGAAGGCCGGCUUCGUUGGGGGUAGGUGGUUGUACCAAUGGUUUGGUACUGUAUUCUUUAGUAUCAUAUAUAUUGUACAUAAAGUAUCAUUUGAUACUACAUAUACUGUAGUGAACAGUACCAAGUGGGUAUUUAGUACUACAAUAUUAUAUUUUCUUAAAAGUGAUAGCUUCUCUUAAACCUACCCUACCAAGUGAUUGAUUGUGGUUUUCCCUGCUUUAGAAGAAAACCAGCCCGUCACGUAUGUGAAUCUAGUCCAGAUGAUGAUGCCCCACCAACGGAAUCAGCCCCCCAUCCAGCAGCAAGUGUGAGCAGCUCAUGCUUUAUAUUUCUUGUCGUAUGUUUUGUGAUUGUCGUCGUAUGUUGCUGCCUUUCUUACAUUACAUUACUUACUUUCAGCACUAUUUGA